AUGGUGGACGUGAUUGGUAGUAUUGAUAUAAUGGUGGACGUGGUUGAUGGUAUUGGUAUAAUGGGGGAUGUGGUUGGUGGUAUUGGUAUAAUGGGGGAUGUGGUUGGUGGUAUUGGUAUAAUUGUGAAUGUGGUUGGUGGUAUUGGUAUAAUGGUGAAUGUGGUUGGUGGUAUUGGUAAAAUAGUGGACGUGGUUGGUGGUAUUGGUAUAAUUGUGGAUGUGGUGUGUGGUAUUGGUAUAAUGGUGGAUGGGGUUGGUGGUAUUGGUAUAAUGGUGGACGGGGUUGGUGGUAUUGGUAUAAUGGGGGAUGUGGUUGGUGGUAUUGGUAUAAUUGUGGAUGUGGUUGGGGGUAUUGGUAUAAUGGUGGAUGUGGUUGGAGGUAUUGGUAUAAUGGUGGGCGUGGUAUAG